CAUGCGAGGCAUUGAAGGCAAAGUUGUGAUUUUGGGAUCCAGAGGUGUUGGCAAAUCAUGUCUGGUCACAAAAUAUAUUAAAAAUACCCUACACAAAGAUAUACAGCAUGCCAGUGCAGCAUCGUUUUUCACCUGUAAUGUUAUACUGGAGGAGGCCAAAGUCAAAUUACAAAUUUGGGAUACUGCUGGACAGGAACGUUUCAAAGCUGUCGCUCCCAUGUAUUAUCGUAAUGCAAGUGCUGCCAUAUUAGUUUUCGAUUUAUCACAAUAUCGUACAUUCAAAGAAAUCAAAUCAUGGAUUCACGAACUACAUCGUAACAUACAGGAUCCAUUGAUAUUGACCUUGGUUGGCAACAAAUUAGAUUUACAUGCCGAGCGAGCAGUAUCUCGCGAAGAGGCAUUGCUGUUUGCCAACUCAAUGGGUGCUACAUAUUUCGAAACAUCAGCCGAGACAGAUCAAGGUUUGGAACAGGUAUUUCGCAGCACUGCCCUGGGCCUGGUACGUUUAGCACGUGAAGGAAAAUCUCGAUCGCUGAGGCAAUUCGAUUCAUGUGAUUCGAUCUCGGCCUAUACAAAUAACAAUACCGCCUUUAGCCACACCACCCAAGCUCUAACGAAUGGUUCAAUUAUACAUUUACCCGCAAUACCCAUGGGUAUACCGGUCGAUGGUGAGGAUAUUAAAACCACAGAUCAGGGGCGUCUUGAGACACCAUCAUGGAGUAUAGAACACAUAGCAUUGGGUGAGGUGGAACCAGUUAAUUGGUGUUGUUAA